AUGUCGGACGUAAUCCCUGACGUGACAGGAAUCUCGCCGAAGGAGGCGAAGCCUGGCACGAAGUUGACAAUCCGUGGGAACAACUUUGGCAAGUCACCUUCCGAUCUCGUGGCGGUUUACGUCUGUGGCAAGAAUUGCUCAUCCUCAGCGGAAUGGCAAAGUGAAAGGAAGAUUAUCUGUCGCGUAGCUGCUGAUUGCGAGGGGCGAGGAAGCGUUGUUGUUCACACAAAACGAGGUCCUGGAAAGUGUCAAAUUCAAUUCACAGCGCUCAAAUCUACCCCGCUCGGUCCACUGGAGCAAUCGGCUGUUUGGGUAGACGAGGCGCCCGGUGCAGGGGCUUUUUCAAGGUCAGAACGCGGCUCGAUCCGCCCGACGUCGCAGGAUCCAUUGGGGCUCAAGAAAAUCGCAGACAAGCCACUUCAGACAGAGCACAUUCGAUUAUUUCCCGGCCAAAGUCCUGAUCCAGGAAACGAGCAAUUUUCCCCAACAUGGUUUCUGCUACAUCAUCACAAAUCGACCAGUUUUAACGAUUUGAAGAAAGGCUUGGUCAAUUUGACACAGACAAGUCGAGGAGGGGUCGUUCCUCAACCUACUACCGCGCAAUCCGCCUCAAUGACGCACAUAAAAGAUUCAUUACCGAUCUUCUUCGAGGUUCACGAAGCACUCAACUCGAUUCACGGGCAAAUGGGCAAGCAAUCUUCUGUACGAGGAGAACGACCGGAUAUGACGGACAAUCUUUUAAGGCUAUUGAAAUCGGCAGAAUCCAACUCCCAGAAUCUAUUCCAAGAUGUUCUGACCCAAAAGGAUAAGGCUGAUAAAAUCAGAAAUACCCUGGCGGUUCUUCAGCGCUUCAAGCUUCUGUUCUUUCUUCCCGGUCGAGUAAACGAGCUAAAAGACGACAUCUUGGACGUAGACAAGUUCUCGAAAGUCGUGUCUGAUGUAGACAAAGUGCGUUCUCUUUUCCGCGAUACAAAAGUUCCCGCUUUCCAGAAAGUGAUGAAAGAAUUACACAACUCCGUCUCCAGUUUACAGACGCAUCUACAGGAAAAGCUCUUCGAGUCGUCUGUUCAAAAUCAGACUCAGAUUGUCCGACAACUUAUCGAACUCGGCGCGACGGGCGAUCCGACCUGGGAUGCUUUACAAACCAGUUUGAGGUCGAUGCGUACGAAAAACUUUGCCUCGUUGGAAAAAGCACAAAAGUCGUGGAAUAAUGAAGCCACAUCUAUCCGACGCGAAUGUAUCUCCGCAUUCGUUGAGGAAGUAUUAACGUUAUUCAAAUCCGUCUUACCGGAUCUAUGGAAGCUAUGGAAUCGAUAUUCCAAUGGAACCUUAAUCUCUAAUGACGCCGUUCAAUCUUCGAAACUGAAGCAGCUCGCUAGCACUCAUGCUAAAGAAGUCAAGCGACUCUUUUCCGAUGAAAUCCUCCACGGAGUUUCAAUGAUUCGCGCUGCGGUCCUUCACGAAACUCUACAGGCGAAAAACGCGACGGAAGCUGCAGAAAGGCGAGAAUACGGAAUCUGGCCAGAAGCGUGCUGUAGUGCGGUGAAUGCUGCGACGAUGAAUCGACUUCUUCAGAUUUGCAGGGCGAUCGAUUACAAGGGCAUCUACGGAAGCGAUCAUAUAAAAGAGCUGUGCUUCGACUUCCGGGUUCAAACAAUCCGAUUGCUAAUGGAAGAGUUGUUGGAGGAAAUCAAGAGUCUGAAGCAUCAAGAAGAUUGGGAACUCCUGGCCGAUGGGGGAACUAACCUUCCGAAACUCUUCGUCUCCGCGGUUGAUGAAUUCUGUCUCUUAGUCCGGGAGCCUGUGAAGAACUUCCCCAACGAAGAAGUGAUCUUCGAUCGAAUUCAAGUGGAAACGGAGCUUCGUAGCCUGAUAGCUUCUAUACUUUGUCAGUUUCCUGUCACUCUCAGCCAACUAGCGACGAUGGAAGCACCGGCUAACCUCAAGAAAAUGUGGCUAUCCGGUGCAAUGCGGCUUGUCACAGUCCUCUCGAAUUCUAUCCAUUCUAGGAUCACCAAAAUGAAUCAUAUAGAAGAAUCCCUUACAAAGAUCGGCUUCCCCGACGCUAGAAAGGUCUGCAUCACCGUUCAGCGAAAAUUUGCAGAGCUGGACAAUCGGCUGAUCGAAGGAUAUCUCGAAACGCGACGAGAUCCGAUAGUGUGCGCGGUUGAACCUGGGAUGUACGCGGGUAUGUUUGACUGGGGAGCGUGUCCCAGGCCGACACAAGUUCGUCCCUACGUGAAAUUGUGUUUGAUCGAAGUAGUAGCGGUUCAUGCCGAGCUUCAUUCGGUCUCGCAGAAGUUACUGGCUUCUGUUCUUCCCAAGGUUAUCGACGGUCUUGGUGACGAAUUCGUCCGGCUACUCGGAUCAGUGUCCAAGUUUUCAGCACAUGGAGGACUACAAGCCAGAAUCGAAAUUCGAGCUAUUGAAGAAUGCACCGCUCUUUAUAGCUCACCUCGGUCGAAAGAGCUCUUCGAAGAAGCCCUCAAGCUACUCCCUCCCGUCACUGGAAACGAAGAACGGCAGCUUGAAGAGCAAAUCAUGCAAACGUUCAGAAAACAAAUGCGUAUUCAACUUAUGCCUCUUCGCGAUAACUAA